AUGUGUGUGUACAAUGUUGAAAGUCAGCUGACACAUGCCAAUCAGCUGACACAAGCCCACCUAAUAUCCAUGCCCACCAAAUAUGAAUUGGCAAAAGAAAUUAUUAGGGAGUGGUCAAACGAGUGGUUAACGUGGUGCAUAACCAACCAACAUGUUUCCAUAAGUUCAAACGACGUUCCUGAAAACAUCCUGCCGGAAGAUUGGUUCGGUGUGCUGCUCGAUUGUAAAGUUUUCUGCAAAGAAGGACCCGAUGAUGUCUUGUUCAACGAGAAUGCUGAUAUCAGGAGGAUGGUGGCCAGAGGUAAUUGUUUCUUGAAGUUGAGAUCGCCAGAAUGGGUGGUGGAAACUUCCCACGUCCUUCGAGGUCUGCCAAAGUUCUGUGAAGGCCUUGGAGAGGCUGAAGGGGAGAGUAAGAAGGAUGAGGAUGAUAAGUGGAAGGAUUAUUUCACGAAAGACAUAGCAGAGACAAGUUACAUUCUGAGCAGCAACAAACUGAACGGCGAGUCAGGGCACAUGGCAGCCCUACUCAUCCACGGUACCCCCUACUGGUUGGGAGGGUCCAAGAAUGUCAGCAUGCUGUUUAGGAAUCGAGAUGACAUUAAGAAGUAUGCCAGCGCGCAACGAUACUCCAUCGCAAUGGAGAUCUGCGAAGAGUGGAUGGGUUAUGUUGACGAUCACCAUCAUGAGGCUGGAAGAUUACACUCAUUCAUGUGCGAGUAUAAACUAACGGGCAACUUUGAAUUCCUCAGCCCUCACCACCAGCACAUCGAAGACUUCAGUCACAUGCCUCAGUUAAUCUUCAUCACCUGGACAUUUCUCAAUUUAGAGUCCGUCCUUGAAAAGCCGAUAACUGACCAGCCAACAUCAUCAUCAUCAUCACCUACGUCAUCAUCAUCAUCUUCUU